AUGGCGGCAGAUCGUAAUGCGAUAUGGGUGCCUAUGAAAAUAGAUGCCUAUCUCAAUUACGAUCCCAGGAGGGUCUCCAAUGUAGAUCCUCGGAACCGAGCUUACUUCGGACCCAUCAGCACUCCCAACUACGAUAGCUUAGGUCUCGAUGAUGGACCCCUCCAACAUGACAUCUUUGAACACCACCGUGAUGCACCCUACAUGGGCUGUGCGGACCCCCUUCGUCAAUUGAAUCAGAGACAAGGAGUGAUGCUUCACUGGACCUUGCCACGCUUCUACCGCGUGGGGAUCGCUGGUUCCAGUGCGGCGGAGAGCGUUGCUGCCACAAAUGACGCUCGAAAGUAUGGAGGCUACAGCAUGUCCGACGCAACUUACACUAGUAACGACGUCGGCAAUCCGAUAUUUCGGUCGGUUCCUGAGCGCUGGAUCAUCAUGCGAACCGUGAGAGCAUUUCCGAGUGGUCCUUUUGCGCAGAGAGUCAUGGUUCGCUCCGGAGAUGCAGAGAUUCAGGCGCCUGGCAGCCUUUUCAACCAAGUCGCUGGCGACGGUCCUUCGAUUCGCAGUAUGUUCGUUGUACAUGCCAAUCGGAAACGGGAUUUAGCAGAUAUUCCGGCGUCCGGAGAUGUUGAAUAUUGGUCUUCGCCGCUCCUAGACCACAAUCUCAGACCAGACCAGCAGGGACAUAAGUAUGUCGGAUUCAGUCAAGGAUACAACCAGUGGACUGGCAACGACAAUACUCCGGAUCCAAAUACCACCACCAGCGUAACUGUAUCUAACUCAGCAAACCCAUAUUUCGCGGAUUACCAACCUCUCAACACCUCCGUGUUUUCUUUUCGUGACGAUCUCCACGUGACAUUGAGCGAUGGUAGUCUAGCGUACAUCACCCAGGCCAAUAUUUCCUAUACCGUUCUUGGUUAUCACGUCCCAGAAGAAAACGAUCCGCUCUAUUUAAACCCUACUUAUGUCUCGGAUCAGACAUUUCAGGAUCGUCUGAAUCGAUGUGGUCUCGAUCUGAACGGCCAAAUUAGCAAUGCCGAUGCAACUUGGCUGGCAACUCAGGCUGGCCGAGCCACCUAG